AAAUUUCAGUCAUGAGAAUCAGAGUGAAGACGUUGGAUCGAAAAGAUGAAGAACUGGACAUUGCUGACGAUGCAAGUCUUGGUGUUUUGCGGAAAGUAAUAGAAGAGAAGAUGGGUGUUUUGGAAUCGAGGCAACGAUUGAUUUUUCAAGGACAUCCACUUUUGAAUAAUGACCGGCUUCUGAAGGACUAUGGUAUUGCAGACGGCUUAACUCUUCACAUGGUGGAGCGUCCAGCCGAUGCUGGUCCUCCACCUGGAUUGAAUUCCCAACACUCUGAUCUCGGACAUGAUGGCAGUGAUGAUCAUAUUGAAAACACGCGAGUUAACGUGAUAAAUGGUGAAAUGAUCAUCAUACGCAAUGCCGUAUUUCAGGAUGCGGGUAACACUACGGAGUUAGUAAGGGAGGCACUUUCAAAUGUGUUAGGAGCUGUCUCUGAUCGCACUUCGGUUGAUGUGGAAACGCAGGAAAACACGCCGCGAACUGGUGACUUGACAGUGCGAGUACAUAUUCGAGGUGCUACUUUACGUUAUGUUAAUACAGGAGCACUCAGUCGAAUUAAUUUUAUCUCCGAUGGAUUAAACCGGAGCGAGCGUACUUUACAACUUCUUGAGAAGGAGCCAUUUUCAUCAAUGAUGGUUGAUGGUUAUGAGCGAGUUAUGCCUCCUUUAAGAAGUGAUUUCGAGCGCACUAAAUUUGGUGAAACAGUUUUGGAAUUAGAGGAAGUGCUCCAUAUUCAUCGUGCAGAUUUGUCAAGUAACGCUGAUGGUACAGGACGGAAAAAUGACGGAGAUGAAUCUCAGACAACAAGUUCGGAUUCGGACAAUAAUCCACAACACCACGUUUUGGUUUUAAGAAACGCUACAGCAGAGAAUUAUACGGAAUUACUUCGAAAAAUAUUGAGCGUACAAAAUCUGGCAAACUGCCAUCUAAAGCGUUAUCAGGAUAUGAUUCAUAAGCGGGGCAGUAUGCCAAAUAAUCGCGCCAGAUGUAUCGCAUUAUGUUUUGAAGAAAAUUUCCGGCGUGUCCUGCACCGUCUUUCGCAUGCAUACCAUUCAAUCUCCGAUAUUUUCGUCGAUUUCUCGGAUCCCGACUCACCUCUAGAACCAAGCUCUCCGGAACAUCGUGAAGAGCCAACUACUGAGGUUAUUCUUACUCUAGUAUUUGCGGCACAAAAUGAACGGGAUUCUCGAGAUAGUUCAGCCUCUGAAGGAGGUCAACAGCCUGCUGAUGGUAACAUCGGUCAUAUUCAUCACAUGGGUCAUUCACGAGCUUUCCGUUUAUCUCAAUCCAUGAGAGGUGGUCCAUUACGAACAUACCCCAUUUUAAAUCCAACAGUUCGAGCGCCAACAGUUAUCACAGUUCCAGAUAUUAGUGCUGCAGGAAGUCGUAUGCCAUUUGUAUCUUCCUCAGGUUCACUUCAUGUGCAAAGCGCUCGACUACAUGUGGCACCUGGUGGUGCACACCCUGGGGUGCGUAUGGAAACGCCUGCAACAUUCAGUUUAAAUGCUACUCAAACAGAUGGAGAGAAUCCUAGUGGCCAAUCUGCUUCCGCUGAUUCUGCGGGAAAUCAAGCACAGUUUGGUGGAGCAAUGAAUAAUGCUGUUCGUGGCGGUAUCCAGAGUUUUAUUCGGAGUAUACUGCCGGGUGCUUUCGGGAAUAUUGCGUCCGUGCAAUCUGCUCAAACCGCAGCAUCCAGUACACAACCUGGUGCAAAUGCUGGUCAUCGACGACAUCCUGUGAUCAGUUUUCAUAGUCGUCAGCACUCUGGACAGCCGAAUCAAAUGCAGGCACCGGCACGUCCAUUCUUAGCUCCUUCAGCUCCUACAUUUCAUGGUCCAGGAAUUGUUGGUCAGGUGAUCGUGCGUACAAAUGGACCUGCAAAUGCUGAGGCAGCUCGUCGUGCCCUUGAUGCUGCAAUGCAAGCUGCGACGGCUGCGGUGGGUGAAAAUGGUGUACAUGUACAGGUCAACGGGAUGCCGCGAAUUAUACCGUCUAUGGGAAGAAGCAGAAGUAAUAUUAUGUGGGCACGACGAACUUACACCAAUCGAGGAGACAGAGAAGGAGCUGUAGAUUAUCCAAAUGAUAUGUUUAUUGGGCCUCAUUACCCAAGUGACUCAACAAUUUAUACGAAUGACCCACAUUUGAACUGUCAAAGCAAUUUAUGUAAUCCUCGGGCAAAUAUUCACAAUUCGGCAGCUUAUGAAACACUUAUAGGUGAUCUGUAUCAGGCAACAUUAAGAUAUAAAGAAAGUCUCGAUCCUCAGUCAUCGGAAGUUGCUGAUGUAGAAGCUUUAAUACAUCGUUGGGAUCGAGUCAGAGGCUUACACGAUUCGGAUGCCCAUGUUGCCGUGAAUCAACGAGGAGAAGCACUCUUUGAGCGCCCAGAACAUUUUAAAAACGUUCUGACAGCGAUGUUGAGACGAGCGAUUGCAAAUCUAGCUGAUGCGGAUGCUGAUAUUGCUUCUCGUUUAAGUGCUUCGCAGGGCGAAUAUGAUAUUUCCAAUUACGGCAUGGUACCGGUAAUUAGUACACCAUUACACGGAUUCGAAAUGCCGGCUCCACCAAUAGGCUCAAUUGAAUUAGAUGCUGUGGACAUCGAAGCUUUUGACCCUUCGCAGGAAGUGCAAAUGAGAGAUGAGAACAUGGAAGAGGAUCUAAACGUUGACCGCACUGAUACCACCCAAGAAAGUGCUUCUUCGGAAACUCAAGCAUCCAGUGUCGCUGGUGAUGAUACUGCAGCAGAAAAUGAUUUGAAUAUCAUUGAAAUGAUAAGAACUUUGUCGGAUUUGAUGCAAUCUGGGCGUUCAACAACACUUGCGCAAGUGAUGCGUGAGAUCGGGCAACCAGUUACACGCCUUGAUACAGGCUUUGUAAAUUUGGUUAUGGUACUGGCGUACGAAAUAUUGCAAAUUCCUGAAGUUGUCCAAAUACUGAAUGGAAAUUUUUCUUCUCUAAGCAAAAAUCGGCAACAAAUGCGCCGUUUUUUGAUUCAAAAUGUAUUCAAUGAUAACUGCCGGCCAUCCGAUGAAGAUCUUAAAAAUGCUGCUGAACGUGUAGCACUAGCGGAAGAGAAGUUGGAUCGUUUUCUUGCAUAUAGCGAUGUUCAUCGUUACGCGGAUGUUGAUGGCGUUGGUCGAAUAGAUCUAGUUGCUAGUUUAUUGCGCUUGGAAAAGCGGAUUGUGGAAGAAUUCUUGCGUCAUUUGAUGCGUACCGAUGAUGAUCUAACGCCGGAAGAAUAUUCGAAAACCAUUGUCGAUAUGUUCACAGCAUAUGUUUAUCGAGCUGUUCUUUUGACAAACUUGUCAAUGAAGGGCCAACCAUACGACUAUGAGAGCCUUCUGCUUCGUUUCAUGGAAAGACCUACAAGAAUCUCCGAGCACCACCUAUCAGUUUCAAUGGCACAAGUGAGUAUGUCUCACAUAAGGCUUUUGUUGCGUCGCGAAACUCCUUUCACCGUUCAUGACAUGAUGGAAGAUAUUGUUCUUGCAAAUGAAGAUGAUCAACCCGUUGAAUCGAGCAGUUCUGUUGCAAACAGUGAAACCGGAUGUGUGUCGUCGGAUUCCGCUUCUAAAUGUGAUGAGUCGGUUAAAGAAGAAAAAGAUGGUAAAGGUAAAAAACUGAAUGACAUAGAGAUGCAAGACGCGCAGGAUAGUGUGGCAGGUGGUACUUGGAUGUCUAUUUUACCAAAGGAUUGGAUACCAGUAAUUCAGGAUGAUAAAAAUCGUUCGGUACCUAGAAAUGUAAAAUCAUUUAGCGAUGCUUAUUUAGGUGGCUGUUCAACAAAGAGAAAGGGAAUGAAGGUGACUGCAGAAGGCUGUUCCGAUGGUGUGGUGUCUCCUGCCGUCAAAAGAUCUUUGGAAGAAGCUGUGUCCAGUUCUGGUUUUACAUCUGGAAAUAUUCCCACGCCGGCUGAAGAAACAAAUGUGCUGCAGAAUGAGUUUGAUGAUUUGGUACGACAGCGAGUGGCGAAAGAUGAGAAAUUCGAUCCUGAGAAAUAUCCCGAAUUGAAUAAAUUCCUGAAAAAAGAGAUUCCUAGUCAGUGGAAAUGAUAUUUGGCGUGGAGGUAGAGGGGGGGAGGCACUUAUCACUUUUCUAUUUCCAUGUAGUUUUACCCAGUUCGUUCACCUGCAACAAAUUCUUCCUAUCUAUAUAUUUUCUUUUGUCCACCUUAAUUUAAAUAUUAUCUAGGAAAUGGAGGAAAUAUGAUCGAUGGAUGUAGGCAAUAAAAGAAGUGAUAUAUUUAGGAAACAGAUAUGGGGUUCAGAAAAUUGUGAGAAAUAGGGAAAAUGCAUUCAUCAUCAUCGAGUCUUUUUUGCCUCAGUUAUACUUUUUCAUGCCUCAGAUAUACUUUCUCAUUCUUUGUACUGAGCUCAAAUUGCCAUAAUUGGUGAUAUUGCUAUUUCUUCAAAAAUAUAUCGAUUAUAUUCAAUGCAUAUGCUUUCGUGAGAGGAAUGCCUCAGUUAUACUUUCUUACUCAUCAUUUAUGCGCAUAGCCAGCACUUCUUUUGCUUGAUGAUCAUGAUAAUGAUUGUUUGAUGAAAAAAGUUUCCACUUCACUAUGUGCACAUGAGAAUCUGAAAACAAAAAUAAAUAAAGCAAUCGUU